GGAUGCAAUAGUACUCAUCUUACGUUUCAUCUUUUGUUGCUUCUUCUAGAUGACUGCACGACUGACGUGCAGCCCGGUUCUACCGUGCCUGAAGAAGAUGAGCGCGAUUACCUAGUAGCCGAUGAAGAGAAACUAAAUAAAAACAAGAUGACAAAAGUCCCGAUUCUUAUCGAGAGCAAGUACAGCGGGUACGGCAUCCUCUGGGCCGGGACCGGGAUUGCCGUCGGCGCGAUUCUUCUGCUCGUGACUUUGUCGCUCUGGUGCUACUACUCGAAGAUGUACAAGGUACUCCCCGGGUGGGGCCCGAUCGUCCGCUUUGAUAACCAGUUGACCGAAGAAGCAAGAUACCGCCAGGAGGUCUUCAAAAGCGCCCGAGAGCAGGCGGGAUUUAGCAGGGUAUGAGCAUUGUGUUUUAGUUUUGGUUUCGGCAUGCAAGACUAGCAUAAUUAUGCGCUUCCCGUUCCCUGAGCUCGGUCGGCUUCGGCAUCAGAUACUUACUACAGCUGACGCUACUAGGUAGCUUCGCAAUCGCAAGUUUCUGCCUUCGCAACAUCAAUCGAUCAAAAAAACAGCCCGCAGAGGGCAUUUGGCGGAAGCAGCCCGGUACACUAGUGGAGCACCCGGUCUACGGCGCGAUCAUAUCCUGUGCAAAAGUAUCGUACUCGUACUAAUUGCUGAUAUGCAUGACAAAUCUUCGUCCUAAGGUAAAACAGCGUCACAAAUUGCAUUUCUCUUCUUGCCAAAAUUUGUAAUGCAAUUUAUACUACUAGUGCGAUACUUUUGCAAUGCAUAGAUCACCAUGCACGGUAACUUCAACGCCCUGAAAGAAGAACGGAGGAAAGACCCAUUCGCACCGAAAGACGAACAGCACGAGGGCAGGGAAGCUCUAAUUGAAGACCCUGCGUCACUGUUUAAUCAUAAGCUGGUGGCUGUGUGAGGGAGGGCAUUUGGUCGCAGUAUACAUAGUGCGUAGGCCACAGUUUCAGAAUUAUGAUACUCAAGAGUGCUGCUCCUUUAGCUCUUGGUGUUGUUUUUUCCUGUGAACAGCACGUGCUACUUCGCGGUGCAAAGCACAACAGCACCACUGAAUCCAUGGAAACGCUGUGAAGCACGUCGACAUCUUAUUCACAUUCCGAAUGUGACAUUCGGGUCUAUGUCUAAGUUGUACUGACACGAAACUGUAUUGCUCUGCGUUUCCACCAGAGACGGCCGCGGCCUCGGUCCGGCAAGAUCAAGAUCAUAGUUGUUCUACCUAGUACCAAAUCUUGAAGGUCAAGAUUUCGAAGCUUUUGCGACUGUGUGCAAAGCUGCGGGUCAGAUACUGUGCUGUGUGAGUGUGUGGUGAUGGUGAUGAAGUUGACACGAACUGAAGUGCUGGGGUCUGCGUUCUUGCGGCGAUAGAUCCAAGAAACACAAACAAGAUCAUCUGCCGCGUUCCCGUUCCGUUGUGGUUGCCUCAGAGGUCUUACUUUAUGUCUGUGAUUCGGAUCAUGAUCACGAAGAUCAAGAUGUUGAGCAGGAGCAAGUAGAUCCGGACCCGAC